CAACACCGUCGAUAUCAACCCUGUUUUAAUAUAAUAAUCAUGCAUUUCGUUGUGUAUUGUUUAUGGCUUUUAUUUUGGGGUGUUUCAGGUGAACCCACCAAAAUUGUAUGCGAGGGAGGCACCGGAGUUUUGGACUGUGGUACCAGAGUUAUCGAAAUAUUGUGCGCCAAUUAUGGACGUUUGGACCUUGAAACUUGUAAAAGAACGGACACCAGUGUGCAGAACAGUGUUAAUUGUCGAGCACCUAAUUCAUUGUCAAUUGUUAAACAACAGUGUAACGACAAACAUACAUGUACCCUCAAUGCGUCGAACUCUGUCUUCGGUGAUCCCUGUGCCAACACUACUAAAUACUUGGAAGUCGAAUACGAGUGUAUUGAUUCUUCAAAAACUUGUGGCACUGGCGGUGAGGGUAACUGUCCGGGGUGUAUCACGACAAAAUGUAAAAUAGAAUGUGACUGAAAUUCCUAAAAAACAUGGCAACAUGAAAAUUAAUGUUUAUCGUAUAAAUAUUGUUUUUUGAGCACAACAUUAAUAAACUUAACCAGUAUGUUUUUACUACAUUAUUUAUAA